GGGACCGGGCGCGGGUCCCGGGACCCAGCUGAUGGGACCCCGGGCACGGGAAGGGGCGUCCUCGUAGAGGGCCGCAGCGGGUGGGCGGCCGAGGACGGGCUUCAGGGCGGCCGGCGGCGGCUUAGGGCGCCCCCACACUGGCCCCUCGGCCGGGGCAGGGACCCGCCAGGCGGUGCCAUCGGAGCCCCUCCCGGGUGAGACUGGCAGAGCUGUUCCUGGGGCGGCGGGCUGCCUGUGCGCACGGCUGCGGGCCCCUGCGUCACCUUCCUGCAGCUGGCGGCUUGCCCGCCCCGGCUCUGCAGCCACUGCCCUUCCUGUGGUCCCCAGCAGGCAGCUCUGAGAGGCUCGCGGCAGCUCCCUGUUGGCUGCUGGUUCAGGUUCUGAGCAGGAAGGCUUGCAGGAUAUCUGACGACCAAGAAGGAAGCCUGGGAACCUCGAAGGCCACCUGCUCAGUGAACACAACACAGCCCUGAGAGAGGGCAGGGGCGUGCCAGAAGUCUCCAGACGCCAUCUUCCUGAGGCCCAGGCACCGCCGUCCCUGCACCUGAAGACAGCUUGUAUCAAAAAAUGGAUAAUCCAGAGACAGGUUUCAACCUGAAGGUCGUCCUGGUCAGUUUCAAGCAGUGUCUCAACGAGAAGGAAGAGGUCCUCUUGGACCACUACAUCACCAGCUGGAAGGGGCUGGUCAGGUUUCUGAGCAGCCUGGGCACCAUCUUCUCCUUCAUCUCCAAGGACGUGGUCUCAAAGCUGCAGAUCAUGGAGCAUCUGAGGAGCGGCCCCCAGGGCGAGCACUACAGCAACCUGCAGUCCAUGGUGGCCUAUGAGGUGGGCCACCAGCUGGUGGACCUGGAGCACCGCUCCCACCACCCCGACUCAGGCUGCCGGACCGUGCUGCGCCUGCACCGUGCCCUGUACUGGCUGCAGCUGUUCCUCGAAGGCCUGCGCACCAGCCCUGAGGACGCGCGCACCUCCACGCUCUGCACCGACGCCUACAACGCCUCGCUGGCUGCCUACCACCCCUGGAUCGUGCGCCGGGCUGUCACUGUGGCCUUCUGCACUCUGCCCACACGCAAGGUCUUCCUUGAGGCCAUGAACGUGGGGACCCCCGAGCAGGCAGUGGAGAUGCUGGGGGAGGCCCUGCCCUUCAUCGAGCGCGUCUACGACAUCUCCCAGAAGCUCUAUGCCGAGCACUCCCUGCUGGACCUGCCCUAGCGGCUGGGGGCCCCGGCCGGGUGGGCAUCCGCUGCUGCAGAGCUGGGCUGGGGCAGCCAGGGCCCGUUAAUCCUGUGACAGCGCUUUCUGGGUGCCUUGAAAACGGGAGACCUGCCGUUGCCCCUGCAAGCUGAGCAUGUGGGGAGUCACAGGCUGUGGCCAGGCCGGGAGGAGGCCCAUCUGCCACAGCCUCACCUCCAGCCUCCUGUGUUCAGUCAGGCCUCGCUGAGGCGCAGACAGUGGAGAAGGGGGCAGAUCGGUGCAUGCAGAGCGUGACAGGUGGCCCCACCCGCCCAGAGCAGACUCUGGGAAGUGGGGUGAAGUCACAGGUCCCUGGGGUGCAGUGGGUUCGUCCUCCCCACCAGCCAGCUCGUGUCCUUCCCGUGCCAAGCUCAGGCCCAGGACGCAGUGUCUGUGCCCAGGUGGGUGGCUGUCCCCCGGGAGGGGGAGAGUCCUUGGACAGGGUCUGGGCACUCGAGCUCUCCCUGCCCCUCGCUGCCUGGUUGGCCUCACACUGUGCUGGGUGGGCCAGGGGCAGUGACAGUGGGAGCUGAAGCCCCGAACUCGGCUUCCCCCAAAAGUCUCGGGAAGGCCCACCCUGCCCUCAGCAUGCAGCCCUCAGGGCGGCGGCUCCCGCGGGACACGGACUGCCUCCCACUGGGGGAGCUGGGACUCUGCCCCCAGUGCCCAGGAGGAUGCUCUGUUCCUUCACUCCCACCCCUUGCUGUCCUGUCCCCACAGUGCCCCAGAGACCCGGGGGUUACGGAACAGGAGGGACAGGACCCUGUUGCCUAGGUGGCAGCUGCCAGACCACCACAGUGCAGCAGACGCACAGGCUCGUUGGGGGUUCUUGGUUUGUUUUCCAACAUGAAUAAAUCACACAGCAUUCCAGGAUGGGGAUACUGGGUUACACAAGGCUCCUGAUUACCCGGGGGAGGGACACAGGGGUACCCUGUUAGGGCAGGGAGGGGCCUGACCCCCAGGACACAGCUGAGGUGGGUGUGCUCCAACCCCCUGGAGGGGCAGGGUCAGCCAACAUUGGGGGAGGGCUGUUCCUGGGGGGCUUUGGUCUGCCCCCCACACUGUGAGGUCCGUGUCAUCAAGCCCAUUUCACAGGUAAGAAGCCAGACACGGAGACUCGCCAACCCCCAGGGGGCUGGGUUGGGGACAGGGUCUCAGGCCUGCCAGCGGAGUGGGGGGUGGGCAUUGCUCUGAGCCCCACAGUAGCCCGAACAGAAAGGAUGCAAGUGGGGAGGGUCCUCACGGACACCCCAGCCUCAGUCUGCCAGGUCCACGUGCACAUGGCAGGGCCCCGGGCCCCGUGUGGUGCUGGCAAAGGCCAGUGACUGAGGAACUGGCCUGGGAGGACAGCCUCGGGUCCACUCGGGCCAGAGAGCAAGGGGUAUGCACGUGCGUGUGCCUGUCUCACGGGCCCACCCUUGCAGGGCAGUAGGGAAGAGCAAAGCCCAGGUUCGGCCUCCUGGUGGACGCCUGCCAGGCCCCGACCCAACCCCAGCAAAAGUCGACAGCCUCGCCCAGCUCCUGUCAGCAUGGGGCCUAAGUUGUCAGCGAGGGCUCCCCAAGACCCAGGCAAAGGGGAGACGGGCCCCACCCUGGGGCCACCCCCCACCACAGGCACAGGCCUGGUGCACUGGCUCAUUUGGUUACAGCACUUCCUCCCUCCUUUGCAUGGGCCCCUCCAGGCCCAGCUGCGAGCUGUCCUCAGAGGGAGGCACCUGCCCGCCCGCCGUGUCUGGAGUGCCCCAGCUGGGGGUCAGCAGUGUAGCACCUGCCAUAGCUACCACAGCUUCCAGGCAGAGGAGUGGCCGAGGCCCUCAGGAACACUGUUCCCAGGCAGGCGGGGAGGGCCAGGGCCCCACCCAGCUGCAGGGUGGAGGCUGGGCAGCCAGUCGGCUGUCGCUGGCCUCCUGGCUGGUCUGCAGGCCUGGAGGGGCCACCUCUGCAGCCCCCUAACUGCUGACAGCACAGCCUUGAGUUGGAGGCCAGAAACUUCCUGGUGCUGGAGAGAGGGGUUUCUGUGCCCAUGAGAAGCCCCCACCCAGCACUGGCACCUCUGCACCCCUCCUGCACCAGCAAGCCCCCAGGGCCCUGGGUGUCCCGGCCCCUCCUCUCCAGCCUGCUGGGCGGCUCAGAAGGGGUGAGCCGAGGGGCUCGGGCACAGGCACGUGACAAGGCCACGGCCAGCAGCUGCUCAGAGACUGCCUGCGGGUGCCGUCGGCCGGAGAACCCGGUGGUGGUGUCGGGAGGAGUGUGACGUGCACAGACCUUCCAGGCUUGGGAAAGCCAGGACAUCGCCAGGGCCCCCGGGGGCUUGGCAGGUGAGGAUGGCAAGUGUUUUGCUAAACAAAUCCUCUGUCCCCUCCCUCUGGGCUCACUAUAUCUGGGAC